UAAACAGAACUCUGUAUUCUCCACACUGUUUUAAACUCUUGAUAAUGGCGUGCCAUGGAUUUCUAGGGACACCGACCCUGAGAUCAUCACAUGGACGUCAUAAUCAUGGAAGGAGAAACCGGCACCAACGUCAUCAGUCCACAUGUUCGGCUGCAGCUGUUGCAGCAGCUGGCUCCAUCUUCACAUCCCUCAACAAGUCUAUCUUCACAUUCCACAACCGUCUCUUGCGUUGCUUCUCUAGGGUUUUCCGUCCGACUAGCUCAACUCCUAGCCGUAAACAAGGCUACAAAAAGCUCAAGAAACACAAGCAUCAUCAUCAUCAUCAUCAGCCUCCAUUGGGAAAACAUAACGACAAGAAAAGAACCAUCGUUCUUGAUCUCGAUGAAACAUUGGUGCACUCAUCUAUGGAACCACCAGUCCGAGCCAACGUAGAUUUCAUGGUGAGGCUAAAGAUCCAAGGAGUGGUUAUACCCAUGUUUGUAGUGAAACGACCAGGAGUCACCGAGUUUCUUGACAGGAUCGGUAAGAACUACCGGGUGGCGGUUUUCACAGCCGGUUUGCCUGAAUAUGCUUCACAGGUUUUGGAUAAACUAGACACGAACCGUGUGAUCUCACAGCGGCUAUACAGAGAUUCAUGCACAGACAUGAAUGGGAGAUACGCCAAAGACUUGUCUCUGGUGGCUAAGACAGACCUCGGGAGUGUUUUGCUAGUUGAUGAUAACCCUUUCUCAUACUCGUUGCAGCCAGACAAUGGAGUUCACAUUAAGCCUUUUGUCGAUGACAUGGAAGAUCAAGAACUGAUGAAACUUGCAGAGUUCUUCGAUGGAUGUUAUCAGUAUGAAGAUUUAAGGGAUGCAGCAUCAGAACUUCUAUAUAAGAAAGUGACUUGA